ACGCAGACUGCUUCUACAAACAUUUGUGAAAGAAUGGGUUGCUCUCAGGAGCACAGUGAAUUCAAGCAAGUUACCGUGAUAGGUUGCCACCUGUGCAAUAAGUCCAUCUGUGACAUUUCCUUGCUACUAAAUAUUCCACAGUCAACUGUUAAUGGUAUUAUAACAAAGUGGAAGCAACUGGGAACAACAGCAACUCAGCCACGAAGUGGUAGGCCAUGUAAAAUGACACAGUGCACAGAAGUCACAAGCUGUCUGCAGAGUCAAUAGCUAAAGACCUCCAAACUUUGUUUCCAGUGAAGGGAACUCUUAAGGAGUCAGCAUACCAAGACAUUUUGGACAAUUUCAUG